AAUAAAUUUGUCAAACCUUGUCUAUGAGUGCUGGAGAUUUUAUUUAUUUAUUUCGGCAAAUUGAAUUAUUUCCGAAAUUUGUGUACAAUUUAAGUGUUAGGAAAGAAAAUUAAAGAUGUCACAAGAUUCGGAUACUGAAGCAGAUAUUGUAGAGAAUGUGGCCGAACUAAUGGAUGGCUUAUUAAAGGAACUUCAAGAUUUGUACUCAUUUAGGGAUUUAUAUUUCGAAAACCAUCCUAUAGAGAUGGCUACGGAGAAGAAUAAACGCGUAGAAGAAAAGAAAGACGUACUGAUUGAAAAAUUUGAAUCUAUUGAUGUAGAAACUCAGAUACCGUUUUCUCACCGAGCCCAGUUCCUGUACAUGAAAGGUAGAUGUUACAACAUAAGUCCUACUUACGAUGCUAGAGCGACUCAGUGUCUAAGCAAAGCUGUGAAACUAAACCCACACCUCAUUGAUGCAUGGAACGAACUUGGCGAGUGCUACUGGAAAAACAUGAAUGUUAAAGAGGCUAAAGCUAGUUUUGAAGGUGCAUUGAAACAUGAACGCAACCGCCUAUCCCUGCGUUGCCUCUCAAUCAUCUUGCGCCAAGAAAGUGGUGACAAGAAACGCACAGAAGCUCAUCCCGCCAUCUUGAAAAGUGUAGAACUAGCUAAAGAGGCUGUAGCCCAAGAUAUAAAAGAUGGAGUAUCAUGGUCUGUGCUGGGCAAUGCUUAUCUGUGCCAGUUCUUCAUGGUGGCCCAAGACCCGUCUACGUUGAAGCUCUGUAUGAGUGCUUAUAAGCAAGCAUCAUUAGAUCCCAUUGCUAAAGGACAACCUGAUUUGUACUACAAUAAGGGUAUUGCCCUAAAAUACUCCGAAGUAUACGACGAGGCGCUACAGAACUUCGAGUACGCGAGCCGGCUAGACCCGCCGUGGCAGCCGCCGCAGCAGGAGCGAGCGAGACUGGUGACGUUCGUACACUCAGCUCAUGCUCUCGUCAAGAGUAGGGGCAAGUUGAAGAGUAAGAAGUUGGCGGGGAUGGUUCAGAGCCUAGACAGAAAAAUGCUAGGCGCAUACGGCGAAGGCCUGCACGCUUUCGCCGGGCGCCGCGAGGUGGCGCUAGAGUUGACACGUUUAGAUGCCUUGCAAGAAGGGCCCAAUGAAGCCAAGGUCAUUCUGGGGAAAGUCGUCGGCUCAAUACAUAAUGAUAAUGCUGUUCCUUUCACAUUCGCCCUAGUAGACGCGAGUAUGGAGUGUGUGCUAGUCACUGUAUACAACUGGGCUGAUGGCCGCGGCGCCAUCAUAGGAGAUUGUGUUGCCAUACCUGAACCGCUGAUGAGGACGCAUAAGCAUGAGUCGGACGCUAUGACAUACGACUUCAAAUCGAUCCGCGUGAACAACCCACUACUUCUACUAGUCAACGGCAAACGGGUUGCUCGCAACCAAUUCGCUUGCACCCGGGUUACUAGCACUUAUGAAAUACAUUGAGAUUACCUAUAAGGAAAUAUAAAGAUCGAGGGAAGAGAUAAGAGGUAGAAUAAGAAGAAAUGAGGAGAAGGUAAAAAGAAGGAGUUUGGAUCAAAAAUAACUGCUAUGUUUGGGACCCAGUGCCAAAUGAUUACCUUAGUAGGGGUAAGUUUCCAAUUUAAUUACGAAAGAAAGGAUUUUGUAAGCAGUUUUAUAUUGAUCAUGUGAUAAUACGCGGUGUAAAAGGCUGAUAUAAAAAGAGGUUACAUGUUAUUAGACUAAAAUACGACUAUAAAUAGGGAGAUAGUAUCUAUAGAUAGAGUGUGUAUUUAUCAUCAAUAACACUUAUAACUUUUUAUACAGUAAAAAGUUUGGUUUUAAUGUAUUAUUUUGCAAGAGAUCAUUAGGUAGUUAAAUAUAACUCUGGUAAUUCUGGUGUACAAAAUGUCUUCAAUAUUGUAAUUUAUGUACACAAUACUAUCUUCCAUUGAAGCCGUGGUAGAUAUUUUUAGAUCACCUUAUAUUUACGUCUCUAUUUUCGGUAAUAUGAAGGUGAUAUGUAACUUCUAUUUAUUUCACCUAAGGGUUGAGACUUCAUAAAUAAUGUAAAAUUAAUCUCAUCGAGCUUCAAAAGAGAAGAGUAUUUUAUACAAAAAUAUUAAUAUGACUGAUGAAUUAGAUUGUAUAUUUUAAUUUGCAAAUAAAAUGUACUAGCUUGUUAUGUUAAUGUUUGAGACAAAAAAACUUUUACUAAGUAUUCAGUCGAUGUAAUCGAAUCUAGGGAUUAAUAUAAAAAUCACGUAUAGAUAUAGAAUUUUUACAGUACUAAAUAAUAAUUAAAAACAGGAGUUAUGCGACGAAGCAGUACUAUAAUAAAGUACGCUUAGUAUGGUAAAUAUUCUCGGUUGUUUUCUAUGUAUUAUAGGAAUCCUUCACAACCUGUGUAUAUAAAGACAUAAUACUAUUAACAAGUGCAUCAAUUUUAUAUUUUAAAAAAUUAACACAGCAUUUUAGUUUUUUCACUGUGGUCAAAACUACGCAAGGAUGCAGUGAAAGCACUUAUAAUCUUUAGAGACUUGAAAUUUUGUAUAAAGGAAUGUGAAAUCUCACAAUUUGAUUUAAUGUCGAAAUGACCUUUUAAGAUCUCUUAAUUAAAUAAUUUUUAUUUAUUAUAAGUAUGCAACUAUUUAUAUCAUGUAAAGUUUAUUUCUUCACCGGUCAAUUUUAAGUUUAAUGCAAGCUAACUAGGAUUGAAAUCAGGCUUUUUUCAUAUGACAAUUUGUUGUACACUAAAUGUGAACUUAAAUAAAACGAAUUCCGUAA